UCUUCCACUCAGCUAUUGUACCUCUAGAUUCUGCUUAGCCCUGCGACGGUUGUUCAAGUUUCUGUGACGAGGUUCUCAUCUCCAGAAACUCCAUCAUGGAGCCAUUGAUCACAGACGAAAAGCCCCGAUAUGCUCGUCUACAUGGCGAUGAUGAGAACAUCCCCGAAAAUCCAGAGGCACUAGCUCUGGUUCAGAAAUGGAAACGAAGUUUUUACAUCCUUCUCGCUUCCUCUCUUUCUGUCAUAUCCAUUCUCUUUGGAGUCGGAAUCUACAGCAUCUUGUCAUUGCAAGAUUGUUCACCAUCAAAGCCUGGAGCUGUAAUACCGUAUUCGCCGGCCCCAGUCAAAUACGUCAACAAAUGGCUAACCGGUGACCCGGACACCAAAAAGUUCAUGGGCAAACCUCGUCCUGAACUCGACCAAGCAUGGCACGACCUCCUUGACAGCACUCUGAUCAGGUACUCUGCCGAUGAGCUCUUCCUCGCCAACAAUGCUACCUCCGUCCAGCACAAAGAUGGUGGCUUCGUCGGUGGGCUGGGUAUUUCCCAUUCUUUGCAUUGCCUUAAACGACUGAAGCAAUACAUUCACCCAGAGUACUACUACAACCAUGAGACGCAAGACUGGGAUGAGCUCUACUCACAUGCCGACCACUGUCUCGAGUCUUUGCGUCAGGAAAUCCUGUGUAACGCCGAUGUGAACAUCUACACAUUGAAGUGGACGCCGCACAGCCGAUUCAAGCCUACGGUAAAAGUGCCGCAGCCGCAUGCCUGUGUCGACUGGGAGGCCCUCCAUGACUGGAUGAAGGGAAGACAGGCUAGGUUGGAGGACAUGGUUGGUCCGCCCGACAGCUUGUUUGAGGGAAAGGACUCCAAGAAGAAAGAAAGUGCAAAGAGUGCGCAAGAAGGGUAAAGGAAGGGGGAUUGGGAAGCGAAAGAGGAAAGUAAAAGGGAGUGAAAUUACAUUGCAACGAAGACAAUGAUCGAAUAUUCUCUGGC